CCUCGUUACUACUCCUUCAACCUGCCAUUUUUUGACAGCCCAAAAAAAAAAUCCACCCCCACUGCUUGAAUUCAAUUCAUCCGUUGGGUAAUCGCACGGGGGAUGCAGAUAAAGGUGAAGUGCAGCUGCGGUCAAGGCAAUUGCCCGGAAUGGGCAAUUCUGGAACUCCAAGGCGUGGUUGAGGCCCAGCCCUCCUUUCAAGAUCGCCUCCGCAAUCUCCAUAUCGGCCUUCUCUGCCGACCCUCGUCUCAGGAAAGUUACACGUUUACAGUAGGGUACCACGAGUUGACGGGGACGAAGGUGCCCCUGAAGAAGCCUAUUUUGGUGUUGAAGAAAACUAGAGUCUCAGAUGAGGAUGUGGUUGAAGGAGAGGGAGAGGAAGAGAAGGAUAGUGGAGGGGAUAUUGCUUCUCCGUCAAAUUCAAGGGUACAAUUGGCUGUCAUUGGAAUUAUUCGCCACAAGAUAUUGUUCAAGACCAGACCAAAGGCGCUCAUCUCUGGACCUCAAACUGUUGCCAUGGGAAAAAUCAGUACGCCAAGUUCCCUUGCGCCAAAUUGUGGAUAUACCUUUGCCUGAAUUACCAUCGUAUCCUGCUUUGCGCUCUCGUGGAGAAGCGAGGGAAUUUGAUUUUCCUGUUGCCUUCUUGAGAAGCACUUGAAAAAAAAAAAGAGUAGUUAGUGGCAAAAGUUCAGUUUCAAUCCUCUAGUGCUUAUGUAACUUCCUUCUUGAUCAUCACAGAAACUGUUCAUUCUCUUGUCAUAAACUGGUUUCUGU